UGCCCACGGGGGCCGUCCGGUGGCCAAGCAGUCCCCGAGACCACCCGCCUGCCCUCCCCAGCCCCUGCCUGCACUCGGGGCCUGGAGGAGGGAGGAGGGCGGGGGCACGACUUCCUCAGCGGCCGCCGGGCACAUCCGCCCGCGGACGCAAGUCCCGGCCACAGGAAGGGGCUCCGGGCCUGGUGCGGGGGGGCUACAGCUUGGAGAGCAGGCCAGGGAGUCCCGCCAAGGGCUAGGAUCGGGGUUCUCGGGUGGGAGUUGGAGGACAGGUCUGGGGACUCAGGCCCCUGCAGCUGACCAUGGAGGACGCCGGCGAGGACCCCACCAUAUUCACUGCCCACUCUCUGCCCAGUGACCCCCGGCUCUGGGCCACCGUGACCAACGCGUACCUGGGCACACGUGUGUAUCAUGAUACGCUGCAUGUGAGCGGCGUGUACAACGGGCUCAGGGCGGACACACACCGGGCAGCUCUGCCCAGCCCCCUCAACGUGCGGAUGGAGGCUCCCGCGGGGGCUGGAGAGCAGCUGACGGAGACUUUUGCUCUGGACACCAGUACAGGUUCCUUUCUGCACACCCUCGAGGGCCUCAGCUUCCGGGCCUCCCAGUGCAUCUACGCCCACCGCACUCUGCCCCACGUGCUGGCCUUCAGCGUGUCCGUCGCCCGCCGGACCCCGGGGCGCGAGCCCAUCACGGUGCUGCUGCGGUCGGCCUUCUCCCCAGAAAGCCCAGACCUGGACCUGCGUCGGGGUCCUGACUUCCAGGGAGCCCGGUACCUCUAUGGCCGCACCCUCACCCCUGAGCAGCCCGGAGGGCCGCAGCAGGAGGUGCACAUGCUGUGGACUCCAGUGCCCCCGGCCCUGACCCUGGGGCAAGGCGAGGAGGGCGGCACCUGGGACUUCCUGACGGUGGUGGGCGGCAGCCAGGCCGAGGCCCGGGCCUGCCUCGCGGAGGCCGCGCAGCUGCAGGCCGGGGGUGCCCUGUACAGCAGCCACACACGGGCCUGGGCCCAGCUGUGGGCAGGCUGUGGCCUGGACGUGGCAGGGCCCCUGCCCCUGCGCCAGGCCCUGCGUGGCUCCCUCUACUACCUGCUCAGUGCCCUGCCCCAGCCCAAGGCCACGGGGUACAUCUGCCACGGCCUCAGCCCUGGUGGCCUCUCCAAUGGGAGCCGUGGGGAAUGCUACUGGGGCCACGUCUUCUGGGACCAGGAGCUCUGGAUGUUCCCGCUGGUCCUGAUGCUCCACCCCGAAGCGGCCAGGGCCAUCCUGGAGUACCGAGUCCGGACGCUGGGCGGGGCCCUGGAGAACGCCCGCAACCUGGGCUACCAGGGAGCCAAGUUUGCCUGGGAGAGCGCAGGCUCCGGCCUGGAGGUCUGCCCCGAGGACGUCUAUGGGACCCAGGAGAUCCACGUCAACGGGGCGGUGGUGCUGGCCUUCGAGCUGUACUACCAUUCCACCCAGGACCUGCAGCUCUUCCGAGAGGCUGGCGGCUGGGAUGUGGUCAGUGCGGUGGCGGAGUUUUGGUGCAGCCGCGUGGAAUGGAGCCCCAGGGAGGAGAAGUAUCACCUACGGGGAGUCAUGCCCCCCGACGAGUACCACGCCGGCGUCAACAACUCCGUGUACACCAACGUCCUGGCCCAGAACAGCCUGCGCUUUGCUGCUGCCCUGGCCUGGGACCUGGGGCUGCCCGUCCCCAACCGGUGGCUGGAGGUGGCUGACAAGAUCAAGGUGCCCUUUGACCCGGCACGGAACUUCCACCCUGAGUUUGAUGGGUACGAGCUCGGAGAGCAGGUGAAGCAGGCGGACGUUGUGCUCCUGGGGUACCCGGUCCCCUUUCCCCUGAGUCCCGAUGUGCGAGGAAGAAACCUGGAGGUUUAUGAGGCCGUGACGUCCCCCCGGGGCCCCGCCAUGACCUGGAGCAUGUUUGCAGUGGGCUGGAUGGAGCUGAAGGACCCUGUGCGGGCCCGGAACCUUCUGGACAGGAGCUUCGCCAAUGCGGCUGAGCCCUUCAAGGUGUGGACAGAGAACGCCGAUGGGUCUGGCGCCGUGAACUUCCUGACAGGCAUGGGGGGCUUCCUGCAGGCCGUGCUCUUCGGGUGCACAGGCUUCAGGAUCACCAGGACAGCUAUGACCUUUGACCCCAUGUGCCUGGCAGGGGUCCCCAGAGUGUGUGUCUCUGGCAUCUCCUACCAGGGGAACAAGCUCAACUUCUCCUUCGCUGAGGACUCCGUGACAGUAGAAGUUGUGGCUCAGCCAGGGCCCCGGGCCGCCCCACUGGAGGCCGAGCUUUGGCCGUCACAGGCCCGGCUCCCUCUGCGGCCAGGAAACAAGGUCUCCUUUCCCCGCUCUGCUGGCCGGAUACAAAAGUCAGCCUGUAGCUGCCUAGUCCCGUCUCCUGGGCACCGCAGGCCACAGGGCCGCAUGGGGACUGGCCAGCAGCUCGACUGAGAGAAGGCAGAGAGGCAGGUGCCGGCCUGCGUGGGGACAGCAGGGGAAAGGGCCUGCUGGAAGGGGCCUUGGUCACCUACAGAAUUACUCAGGACUCUCAGCUGCAGCUUUGCCAAAGAGGAACUUUCCGGGUCAUGCCAUUGAGGAUCAGGCAGGGCUGGUCCCCAAGCUCACAGGGUAUUGUAGGACUGAAUCUCCUCCAUCCCGGGCUCCACCGCCUCUGGCACGGGGAGGGUGGGGUGGCAGCCUUUGGGAAGGGGAGCGGGGAAGUGGGGCCCGUCACUGGGAAAUAGGACAGGUGUGUGUGAGAGCAGGACCCGAAAUCUCUCCACUGACCACCUGGAGGGGCCAGAGCCCACCAUGCGUGGAUUCGGGGCCGUGGCCCUGGCCCUUUUGUCCUGGGUGGGCUCCCCACGGCCAGAGGCUCUGCGCAGCCUCUGCUCCUGGACCUCGGUGCCUGGGUGGCCAUCAGUGGUUUCCCACAGAGGAGAGGAGAGGGCAUCCACCGCGAGUCCUCACGGAACCGCCCCCCGCUGCUGAUCAGCCUGAGGAAUUAAAGUUCGGUGCUGGGAAAAGCUUGA